AUGGCUGCAGAGGAGCAGAAGUUUCCGGCACAAAGGCAGGAGGAGCAGCCCGGAAAACAGCACCUGAUGGACCCUAUUCCACAGACACUUAACCCUGAUUACAAGCCCACCAACAAGCUCCAUGGCAAGGUGGCUCUGGUGACGGGAGGCGACUCGGGCAUCGGACGAGCCGUGUGCUACCUCUUUGCCAUGGAAGGUGCCAGCGUGGCCUUCACUUAUGUGGCUGGCCUCGAAGAAAAAGAUGCCAAGGACACCCUCAAAAAGAUCCAAGAGCUCAAAGCUCCUGACACAAAAGACCCAGUUGCCCUCCCGGCCGAUGUGGGGUUCGACGAGAACUGCAAGCUGGUGGUGGACGAGGUCAUCAACAACUUCGGGCGCAUAGACAUCUUAGUCAACAAUGCCGCCGAGCAGCAUGUUACGAGGACGGUUGAGGAUAUAGACGAGAACAGACUCGAGAGGAUCUUUCGGACUAAUAUUUUCUCACACUUUUUCUUGACCAGGCACGCGCUCAAGCACAUGAAAGAAGGAAGCACCAUAAUCAACUCGACAUCCGUGGUGGCCUACUGUGGGUCUCCAACUCUGCUCGACUAUUGCGCCACCAAGGGAGCCAUCGUGGCCUUUACACGUGGCCUUGCCCUCCAGCUCGUUGACAAAGGUAUUCGGGUGAAUGCCGUGGCUCCCGGGCCCGUGUGGACCCCACUGCAGGUGGCUUCGAUGCCAGAAGAGACCUCCACAAAGAUCGGGUCCGAGACUCCCAUGGGUCGGGCCGCCCAGCCCCACGAGAUCGCCCCGUCUUACGUCUUCCUUGCAUCACACGACUCGUCUUCCUACUUCACGGGCCAAGUCCUGCACCCUAAUGGUGGGAUGAUCGUCAAUGCAUGA